AUGGCGCGGUCUGUUGAAGGUGCCGGGGUUGAGCAGUCUCCAGUGCUUGCGGCAAAGAACGGCCGUGUACCACUCUCCGAGAAAUUCUGGCAAGGAUGUAUCCCAUUUGUCAUUGGCGGUGUCUCGGGUAUGGCAGCAACAAUUUGCGUGCAGCCUCUGGACAUGGUCAAAGUCCGAAUGCAAUUGACGACCAGCGACAAGUCAACCGGCCAAGGAAGCGUAUCAGCAAUCAACGUCUUGCGAGGGAUCGUCAGAAGUGGCGGAGCCAUCGAAUUGUACAACGGCCUUUCUGCAGCUCUUGCCCGUCAACUCGUGUAUGGAACGACUCGGCUCGGCCUUUUCGCUACAUUCGAACAAAAUCUGAGAAGGAGGGCCGAGAUCAGUCAGCACUCAUAUUCAUUCACACAACGUGCUUUGGCAAGCGUGAGUGCUGGUGGUAUUGCUGCAGCAGUAGGCAAUCCGAUUGAGGUUGCCCUUAUACGUAUGCAAUCAGAUGGUAUGCAUCCGGUUAAUCGACAGCAGAAGUACAGAUCGGCGGUUGAUGCCUUGAUCCGAAUUGUCAAAACUGAAGGUGUUGCUGUCUUGUGGAGUGGAUGCGGCCCAACAGUCGUUCGGGCAAUGUCGACAAACUUUGGCCAGCUUGCUUGCUUCUCAGAGACGAAACAUCAGCUCAAAGUUCGCACAAGUUUGUCGGACUGGCAGCAGACAUUGCUGGCUUCGGCAAAUGGCGGAUUCUGCGCAGCCCUCUUCAGCAUGCCUUUUGACACAGUCAAGAGUCGUCUGCAAAGUCGGCAAGCCAGAUAUCGGGGAAUGGCUCACUGCUUCUCCUCAAUAUUGAAGGAAGAAGGUGCACUGAGGUUCUAUCGGGGGUUUCCCAUGUAUUGCGCUCGACUCGGACCUCAUUCGUAA